AUGGCCGCCUCGCAUGAAAUGUCUGAGCCGAACUCAUCCGACGGACCCUCGGUCAAGAAAAUAAAGAUCACAACGUCCCCGAAGUCCUCAGUAACCUGGCUGCAAGAUCUUUGGGCGACACUUAAGGGAGUCACGUCGCACCUCAUUAACGUACACAGGGAUGCCAGGAUAAUUAAUGACCGCGCGUCGGACGAUGUUCUGCGGGCCGCAAUGGAGCGGAUUCUCGAGCACAACAACGAAGCGUUUGAGUGUCUAAAUUCGUUGCUUAGCAUGGAUGGGGAACUGCUUAAUGCGCCCAAUUUUAGCGCUCCCACUGCAUCUACAUCCGACGCCUCCACGGACAUGAUCCUGACCCCGGGCUACUGGGAUAGUGACGCGGUCAUCGAGUCCAAGGCAGCCUCGGCACGCAGGUCAAGGAAACCGAAGGUAGCAGGCAAACAGACCGCACGGGACGCCGAAACCGACGCCAUGGAAACGGACGGCGAGGAGUGGUCGAAAGUCGUCGGCAGACGAUCCAGGCAAGGGAGAAAAACGGCGGCUGCUGCACUCCCACCCGCCGCAGGGUCCCGCCAGCGCCCGCCUGUUUUCUCCAAUAAACCGCCGGCGAUCCUAAUCCGAAACGCGGCCGGAAAGUCCUACCGGGACACCAUUCUGGCAGUGCGGAAUUGCGGGUUGACCAGGGAGGAGAUAGGCACUAGCGUCACUAGCAUUGCCGCCAGCAUCGCCAGGGUCCCGAUCGGGUGGACCAUGUGCCGCGUCCGGCCAAGAACGCUGCCACCGGAGAGGUGUUUCAGGUGUCAGGCCUUCGGCCACAACUCCAGAUCCUGCACUGCGGAGGACAGGACGGGCGCCUGUUGGAAGUGCGGAGUGGCAGGCCACUUAAUGAAGGACUGCGCUGAGGGUGACGACCGUUGCGUGGCCUGCGAAACCGCUGGUCUGCCGAAGGUCGCGCACAAACCUGGCUCCGGGGCGUGCGCCGCUAGAAGAAAGUCAGGAGCAGCCAAGAGUACAGAUGAUUAA